AUGGGCCAGUUGACGUGGGCCGCGCAUCCGAUGGAUCAAGAGCUGACCAGCAACUUCCGCCGCGACGUGAUUGCCAUGCUGGCCGCGGCCAACGACAUGGCCGUGGCGGCGCAAGCCUCGGCGCGCUUCCACACUGCAGUUGCCGCCCCGGCGUCGCUCUCGGCCGACUUGCGCUCGAUCGUGUACAGCAUCCACGUGCGCACAACGUCCGAGCCCGACGCUGCGUUUGAGCACCCUCCCCCGGUGUUUGAAACCAGCGUCUUUAUCCAGGAAAAGCUGCAUGUGCUGGGCGCAGCUGGGCCGGUUUCCGUCUGUGGAGCUCAAGACGUGCGCGUUGGAGUGGGCCGCGUGGCGGGAGGUAUCCGCAGCCAGGACAACCACAGCGUGUUUGGCAGAGUCGCCGCCGACGGGUCGACUGUCACAUGGGAGUAUGUGCAGGCCAAGUGGGACGCUUUGAGCGCACAAUACUCGCAGAUCGUCGUGUGGUGCAUCCUGUGUGUGUCCAUCGCCAACUGCCAGUUGGAACAAGCCGCCGCAGCGGUCGAAGCAUUCUUGGUCGGCCACCCCCAAGGCGCCUUUGCCCCCCCGCUGGCGUUGUUCCUUGAAAAUAUCCGCACAGUGGCUACCAUGUACGCCCUCGAUGUGACACCGCUGGCGGCGUGGAUCCAAACGCUGUGA